AUGGUGGCGGUACAGACGUCCCCUAAUUCGUCUCCGUCGGCGGAGUGGAUCUGUUGUCUGGAUAAAAGACCUUCAGAACGCUCAGGGGAGGAUGUGGACAUCAUUUUGACCAGACUGCGAGAGGUCAAAGCCUUUCAGAGGUUCCCACCCUCUCUCUUGCUGCAAAUAUGUGCCUGUGCCUUCUAUGAAUACCUGGAGAAAGGCAUCACAUUGUUUCGCCAGGGAGACAUCGGCACCAGCUGGUAUGCCGUCCUAUCAGGCUCUCUGGACGUUAAGGUGUCAGAAACAGCCAACCAUCAGGAUGCAGUCACAAUCUGUACCUUGGGAAUUGGGACGGCAUUUGGGGAAUCCAUCCUGGACAACACCCCUCGCCAUGCUACCAUCGUCAGCAGAGAGACCAGCGAGCUGCUGCGUAUCGAGCAGAGGGAGUUCAAGAGUCUUUGGGAGAAGUAUCGUCAGAGCAUGGCUGGCCUACUGGCCCCCCCAUAUGGAGCUAUGGAGAGUGGAUCCAACAAUGACAGGCUGGCUGACAAAGGCAAUGUGAGCUUCAGUAGUUGCUACAUAAUAUAUAACCACUUCUUAAAAAUUGCUUCUUUAUCUGCUGCCACCUCCACUGAUGUGUUCUGUGUUCUCCAGGUUCCCUCAGAGAAGCUACAGAGGGGGGGGAAGGUUCUCCGCAACGCCAUCCUUUCCAGAGCUCCACAUAUGAUCCGCGACAGAAAAUACCACCUCAAAACAUACAGACAAUGUUGUGUGGGGACAGAGCUGGUGGACUGGCUGGUGCAGCAGAGUGCCUGUGUGCACACGCGGUCUCAUGCUGUUGGGAUGUGGCAGGCACUUCUGGAAGAAGGGGUACUCAACCAUGUGGACCAAGAGCUGGGUUUCCAGGACAAGUACCUGUUUUACCGUUUCCUUGACGAUGAGGAAGAGGACACACCGUUGCCUAGCGAGGAGGAGAAGAGGGAAAGUGAGGAAGAGUUACCGGAGACCAUCCUCUUUCUUGCCCAGACUGGACCUGAUGCGUUGCUGCGCAUGAUCCUCAGGAAGUCGCCUGGUCAGAGGACAGGCGAUGACCUGGAGAUCAUCUACGAUGAGUUGCUUCAUAUCAAAGCCUUAGCUCACCUCUCCAACACUGUGAAGAGGGAACUGGCGAGCGUUUUGAUCUUCGAGUCACACGCGAAAGCUGGAACUGUGUUGUUCAACCAAGGAGAGGAGGGCACGUCGUGGUACAUCAUCCAGAAGGGCUCUGUGAACGUGGUCAUCUAUGGCAAGGGUGUGGUGUGCACACUCCACGAGGGCGAUGACUUUGGGAAAUUGGCUCUGGUGACGGAUUCUCCCCGUGCUGCCUCCAUUGUCCUGAGAGAGGACAACUGCCACUUCCUUCGCGUGGACAAGGAGGAUUUCAACAGGAUACUCAGGGAUGUGGAAGCCAACACAGUGCGUCUGAAAGAGCAUGAACAACCUGUGCUGGUGUUAGAAAAAAGUCCUCGAGCCUCCACCCUGGGGAGCAUCAAGUAUGUAUACACUGUCAUAUCAGGAACUCCAGAGAAGAUUCUGGAGCACUUCCUAGAAACCAUGAGGAUGGAUACACAUCAUAGUGAACCAGACCCGGCGGUGGAUGACUUUGUCCUCAUGCACUGUAUCUUCAUGCCUAACAGCCAACUGUGUCCUCUGCUCAUGGCACACUAUCAUGCGGUGGCUCCCCCUGGCUCUGAACAGGAGAGGUUAGAGCACGCACUGAACACCAAGAGGAGAGUCCUCACCUUGGCCCUGCGCUGGGCUAAUGCACACGCAUACCUGCUGCAAGAGGAGCCUGCUGCACUCUCUUUCCUGGAGGAGUUAUAUGGAAGCGUGUCCAAUGAUUCACGGGUGCUGAGAGCUUUAAAAGACUAUGUUACAGACUUGGAGAAAGUCAUCAAAUUACAUUCAGAGGAGGCCAAAUCCUCAAAGAAGAAAACCCUGAUAAGACAGUUUAGCAAUGGAGAGGAGAGACUUCAGAAGAAACAAUCCAUAAGGAACCAAGAUGACAUCCUAUUAAAGGUGUACUGCAGUGACCACACCUACACCACCAUCCGGGUUGCAGUGGCAGCUACGGGGAGGGAGGUGAUUGGUGCUGUGGCCGACAAGCUUAGCACCAAUGACGAGCUGCUGUUGGUUCAUCUGAGCUCUGCUGGCGAAAAACAAAUCCUGAAGCCUAAUGACGUGUCAGGGUUUUCCUCAAUCAGCAUCAAUGGACGCCUGUUUGCCUGCCCCCGGGACCAACUCAAUAGCUUGACGCCUCUUCCAGACCAAGAGGGUCCUUCAGCAGGCACCAUGUCUAGUUUUGAGCUAAUGAGUUCCAAGGACCUGGCGUAUCAGAUGACGCUGUUUGACUGGGAGCUCUUCAGCUGUGUACAUGAGCAUGAGCUGCUGUACCACACGUUUGGCCGUCAGAGCUUCAGGAGGACCACGGCCAACCUGGACCUGUUUCUGCGCAGGUUCAACCAGGUUCAGCUGUGGGUGGUCACCGAAGUCUGCCUGUGUGGACAGCUAAGCAAACGAGUCCAGCUCCUUAAGAAGUUCAUCAAAAUAGCUGCUCACUGUCGGGAGUUUAAGAAUCUGAAUUCAUUCUUUGCCAUCAUUAUGGGGAUGAGCAACCCUGCUGUCAGUAGGCUGAGCCAGACCUGGGAGAAACUCCCCAGCAAGUUUAAGAAGUUUUAUGCUGAAUUUGAAAGCAUGAUGGACCCAUCCAGGAACCAUCGGACCUAUCGACUUACAGUCACCAAACUGGAGCCGCCAAUCAUCCCCUUUAUGCCGCUCCUCUUGAAAGAUAUGACAUUCACUCACGAGGGCAACAAGACAUUUAUCGAUAACAUGGUCAACUUUGAGAAAAUGCGUAUUAUAGCUAACACAAUUCGACAAGUGAGGCAUUGCAGAAGCCAGACAUUCAACCCUGACAUAUGUCAGCCCAAUAAGAAUCAUGCAGAGGUGCGAAGUUAUGUCAGAAAGCUCUGUGUGAUUGACAACCAGAGGAUCCUGACACAGCUCUCGUAUAGAUUGGAGCCUCGGCGGACUUGA